AAUAUCCUAGGUUAUGUUUGCUAUACAUAAGUGCAUAACCAACGUUUUAUAUCUUUGUCGGCAAAACGGAGAAUCCAUUAUUUUCAUAAAAAUUUGUCAAUUGUAUUACACUUAUUAGAGUAUUUACAAUUAUUUUGAAAAAAGUAAGCGUAAACCAAUUUUAUUUCCUUUUACAACAUUUACGUUAUUACAUUCCCUAAUCAUCGAAUUGUACGUGAAUAAAAUAUCAUUAUGACACGUUUUACACGAGCAAAAGGCUCAAAAUCUUCGAACGAGAGGGUACCCAAUGAAGGAACACCAUGGCAUAUUAUGAAGCAACAACUGGAAGAAGCUUUGCAGAUGCAACAAAUAUCACAAAACAAAACAAAAUCUGCUCGUCAAUUGCUCAAAGAAAAAGAUGAUGCAGUUUAUUAUGCACAAUCUUUGGGAAAUAUUAGUACCGAUUGGGCAGAAUUCGAAAAUUCAAAAGUUGAUGCUGUGAAAAAUAGUAAAAUAGAAAAGAAACCCAAGGGUCAGCAGAAAAAGAUUGAAGCAGUUGCUAAAAAAUAUCUUUCAGAACAUAAAGGAUCAGCUGAAUCUGCUAGUACAAAUAAAAUAGCUGGAAAAGAUGAAAAUAUUGUAAGUACUAUUGAUAAAAAACAAAAAAAUAAUACCAAAUCGGAUAAUCCUACUGAAGAUUAUUUUGCAAAAGAUUCGAAUGAUACAGAAGAUAUUGAUAAAAAGAAAAAGUAUAAAGCAAUCGAAUUGUCUAAGUCGGCUUCUAAAGAUACAACCGUUAGUAAACAAAAAGUCUAUAAUAAACUUGAUGAAUCAAACACAAAAUUAAGUAAGAGACAAAAAAGAAACAAGAAAAAACAAGAUCAGAUCAACGAACCUCAAAACGAAGCCUCUAAUAUAAACAUGUUCAAUGUUGAAGGAAAUGAUUGGAAUAAUUCUGUGGAAAUUGGUAAAAGAAGAAAAAUUGAUGACAAUCGUGAUGGACAAUUUGCUAGCACUGCUUGUUUUGAUAAUAAAAGUGACAAGUGGUCUCGGUUUGAUUUUAAGAAUUUCAGAAGAUUUGGCAACAAUGUACCAAAAAAAUUUCAAAGAAAAGUAGCCAAAAAUAAAGAUGAUAGAAGUCAUCAAAGAAGAAAACUUGAUAAUAAUAUACUGAAAGUUACAAUAAAUGGAAUGGAUGUAGAAAUUGUAAAAUACGAUGGUUUUCCAGUGAAAAAAGACGAUGCAGAACGAUUGAAAGAAUUAAGACAAAAAUUAGUUCUGAAAGGCAUACCUGAAUCAGAAAUAAAUGCUGCCAUGAAAUUAGAAAGGAGAAAGUGUGAAAAAGUCUUGGCUCGAAUACGGAGACAAGUUUGUUUUCACUGCAGAAAAGCUGGUCAUAAUCUAUCUGAUUGCCCAGAACUUGGCAAGGAAGAAGCAGGUACAGGAAUAUGUUUCAAAUGUGGAUCUACAGAGCAUACUCACUUUGAGUGUAAGGUUACUAAGUCAGAUGAUUAUAGAUAUGCAAAGUGUUUUAUAUGUAGAGAACAAGGGCAUAUUGCUAAACAAUGUCCAGAUAAUCCAAAAGGCUUAUUUCCUGAUGGUGGUUGUUGUAAAAUUUGUGGUGAUGUAACACAUUUGAAAAAAGAUUGUCCAGAUUUAAUUAAACAAAAAGAAGAAAUAUCCAUCGUCCUUGAUACCAUAAAAGAUUCUAAUCUGGAAUCAUUAGAUAGUAAUAUUGUUACAAAACCACCAUUAAAAACACCUGUUAAAAAAAUUGUAAAAUUUUAAAAUAAAUUAAUAUAUUGAUUUGCAACUGUUUUCAAAAUAAAUUUUUAUAAUGUUAUGAGGUAAAAAUUCUUACUUUUAUGAUUAAGCUUA